AUGGAUGAUGAAUUAAAUGUAACGUAUAUAACUCUUGAUGGAUAUGUGGAAGUGGACAAAUACAGAUAUAUUUAUUUUGUGAUUAUAUUCGCUGUUUAUAUUCUAAUAAUCUUCAGUAACACCCUUAUCGUGUACGUUAUCUGGGAUCACAAAAACCUUCAUGAGCCGAUGUACAUUUUCAUAGCAGCUUUGUUAAUCAACUCUGUUCUUUUCAGCACUGCUAUCUACCCAAAGAUAUUGAUUGACUUUCUAUCUGAGAAACAGAUCAUAUCAUAUCCAGCCUGUCUCUUUCAGUUUCAUGUAUUUUACUCUUUAGGCGGUUCAGAGUUCUUGCUGUUGGCAGUCAUGUCCUAUGACAGAUAUGUGUCUAUAUGUAAACCUCUGCAAUAUCCAACUAUCAUGAGAAAAUCAACUGUGAGCAUUUUCUUGGUCUUAGCUUGGCUUCUUCCUGCUAUUCAGCUCUCAGUGCCAACUGCAUUGAUUGCCAAAGAAAAACUCUGUAGCUUCAUUUUAAAUGGAUUUAUUUGCAAUAAUUCAGUUUACAAACUUCAGUGUAGGAUCUCAAAAGCACGUCUUGUACGAGAUAUGGUCAUACUGAUUAAUGUUGCACUUCUGCCUGUGCUUUUCAUAUUCUUUACCUACACGAGGAUACUCAUGGUCACCUUUCGAAGUAGUAGAGAGUUUAGGAGAAAAGCUGCACAGACCUGUCUACCACACUUGAUAGUUUUGAUAAACUUCUCCUGUUUGUGUCUGUAUGACGUCGUUAUAGUUGGUCUGAAUUCAGAUUUUCCAAAGAUUGUGCAUUUAAUUAUGACUUUACAAAUAAUUUUGUAUCAUCCGCUCUUUAAUCCCAUCAUGUAUGGACUGAAGAUGUCAGAGAUUUAUAAACACCUGAAGACGUUGUUCUGCCAAAAAGCAUACGUUAUGACAUAUUAUGAAAUCUGA